AUGCAAUCUUCAACGAACGUCCGCGCGCCCGUGUCUCCUGACGACUCGGCGCCGGACUCCCCUUCCAUCCUCCUCCGCAACGUCUCGCCUGUGCCCCCCAGCCCUCGUAAGAGUGUGCGUCUGGAUUCCAGGGACCCAGGGUCGGUGCGCGCCUUCCUCGCGGCGCGGGGAGUCCCCCUCUCCGAGGAGAAGACCACAGGCCCCGCCACCGCUCUGGAGUUUCUCGGCAUCCGCCUCGACACACGCGCCAUGGAGGCCUCCCUCCCGCUGGACAAACUCGAGCGCAUCCGCGCCAUCUCCCGCAAGAUGAGAAGUCAGACCUUUCGCAAUGCCCACUUGCUCUUCAGUUGGCAUCCCAAGAUGUUUUUGGAGGAGGAGCCGUCUCGAUUAUUCUUGAAGGCAGCGUUGUGA